UCGGGUAAGACUACUCUGAUAUCACGGGUAUUUAAAGAACUGAAGAAUUACAAGCAAAUUUAUUCAACUGGUUUUAUUACCGAGGAAGUUCGUGAAUCCCCAGAUCGACGUUCCCGACGCAUCGGGUUUGAUGUUAUCCUCCUCGACAAUCCAACUAGACGCUCGCCGUUGGCCCGAUGUGCGGAUUGUAUGGUCUCUCCUGUUCCGCGAAACUGGCCUCGAGUCGGGCAGUACGUGGUGAAUGUACAAUCUUUUGAACAACUCGCGGUUCCUUGUAUCCAGUCAGUCCUGGACAAAUUGAAUGCUUCAGAAAACGCUACGGGUUCAACUGGAAUUCAUACCAUCUGCGUGAUCGAUGAGAUUGGCAAAAUGGAGUUAUUGUGUCCAGUAUUUUCUGAUUGUCUGGGGAAAUUACUCGCUCGGAUAAACGAAAUGAACGGCGUUGUCCUACUGGCCACCGUUCCAGCUCCCCGCGGAUCUGGUGACUCACGUCGUGGAAUUCGGUUGGUGGAUGAAUUGUGCGCCUAUCCUCAGGCUCGUAUGUUUGAAGCUUUGCUCAUGUUUGUUCAGGGCCCCAACGAAUCCCUGUCCAAAGUAACAACUCUGAGACCCCUUGGGACACAAACUUCGAAAAUCGGGCUACUUUUUGUGAAUAAUGUGACUGGAGGAUUCCAUUUGUUUCUCAGCCUGAAUUUGUAUCGGUUACAAAAUUUGGUGCAGAAAGUCUGUUAUGAAUUUCGUUCUCUUCCGGUGAUGUCACAGCCUUUUGUUGCGACGAAUUUCGCCCUGUGA